UAACGUAUGAUUGUAAAACAAAAAUAAUUCGGUGAAAAUGGUAGAUGCGAUAAUGAUUAAGCUUAAUAUGACCUUUUCAACCGUUAUCAGUGAACUUACUUGAAUUAUGAUUCUGUCGAAAGGUCAUUUUAUAAAUUUCCAGUCACUUUAUUUAUGGUUUAAUAUAACAGAAUGUUGAAAGGAUUUGAUGAUUAUGAAGAAUAUUUGACUGAAUAUCUAAAUAAUUCUUCGAAAAUCGCACUACUACUUGACUAUGAUGGUACUCUUUCACCCAUAGUUGCUCAUCCGGACUUGGCCAAAAUUCCAUCAGAAACUAAAACUAUCUUACAUAGUCUUUCUCAAAGACCAGAAGUCUUCGUAGCUAUUAUCUCAGGAAGAUCAGUAUCCAAUGUGAAGAAUAUGGUUGGACUUAACUCCAUAACCUAUGCAGGAAAUCAUGGAAUGGAAGUAUUGUACCCUGAUGGUUCUACAUAUCGACACAAACUACCAGAAAAUUUUGAAGAUCAGGUGAAUCUCUUGAUUGCAAAACUAGAAAAAGAGGUAGUAAGGGAUGGAGCUUGGAUAGAAAAUAAAGGAAGUACUCUGACUUUCCAUUUCAGAGCAACUCCUGAAAAUUUAAGAGGCGAAAUUGAACAAACAGCUCAAAGAAUCAUAGAGGAAGCGAACUUCAAAGUAGGGAAAGCUCACUGUGCUUUGGAGGCGAGGCCAAAAGUAGAUUGGAAUAAAGGAAAAGUGGCCCUUUUGCUUCUGGAAAAGAAGUUCGGGGUGAAUUGGAAAAAUGAUGUAAAAGUUGUAUUUGCUGGUGAUGAUACAACAGAUGAAGACGCUAUGCGAGAACUCAAAGGUGCAGCUGCAACUUUCAGGAUUGCACCAGCAGUAAAUAUAAAUACUUUUGCUGAUAAGCUUCUAUCUUCUACAGGGGAAGUUGUAAAAAUAUUGAAAUUGGUUGAAAGACUAGUGAAAAAGUGAUUCAUUUUGCUAUGCACUGUAAUGAAAAUGAACGAUUCAUGUUUGUUGCUGUGUACAAUUAUGAAAAUAUUUUCAAAUUCACUCCACAUUAUAAAAAUCAGUUUUGAGAAUAGUAAUUUUACAUGUAUAUUUGUUCAUAGCCUAUGUUAUAUGAAAAUGUAAACAUCAUUAUAAGGUUUGUGGAAAAAGUUA